CUCUCCUCCCCCUCGGGCCGCGCUCCGACGCCGAGCCCUGCGCAGCGCAGCGGCCGCGAGAAGCCACGUUGACAAGCCCGGGCGCCGAGGGGCGGGCCUUGCUUCGCUUGCCCGCGUUUGGCGUUCGGGUCGCGGCUGCUCCGUUGGCAAAAUGUCUUCGCCGCCCAAAGCGAAAGCGGAGACCCGAGCCGGACACCCUCCCGCCGUCAAAGCUGGUGGAAUGAGAAUUGUGCAGAAACACCCACAUGCUGCAGACACCAAAGAGGAGAAAGAUAAGGAUGAGGAGGAAUGGGAAACCAACAGCAGUCCACCUAAACAAACUGUGUUCAUUUCUGGAGUCAUUGCAAGGGGUGAUAAAGACUUCCCUCCUGCUGCAGCCCAAGUGGCACACCAGAAACCGCAUCCCUCUGUGGAAAAGCUUCCUCCUCCUCAACAUGUCAACCAGUACAUCCACCAGCCUCGCAAAUGAAUUGCCUGUCCAAGACCAGUCAUACUGUUUUAGAGAAGGAACGAUUAAGAAGUUUGUGCUACCAGAUCUUUGAAAAGUGAUCUCAUGCUUUUUGCCUUAAUUGACUAUGGUUUAAUUCAAAAGUGGGGGGGGGAGGGGAAAGAGAUGGGGAAUUUACAGUUCUGUUACCCCAAUCUGAUGUUGCUCAUGGGUCCUGCCAAUCAAAAGUGUCACGGUAAUAGAAAUGUAACAGGAAGGGAAUAAUAAUAGCACAGAUCAAAUCAUUGUUUUAAUUAAUAACUAUUUUAAUUUUUUUUUGUUCCUGGGAUUUGGCUGUACAGGAAUGUGUAAGACUUUGGGGGUGGGGGAGAAGCAGUUUGUCCCUUUCUCCCACCUCUUUCUAAUUAGAGGUUUUCAAAAUGUGUGAGUCUGAUUUUAUGGCAUCAUUUUGAUUUUUUUUUAAAAAAAAAAAUCUUCCUACUCUGUUCUUAAAUAUAUCUAAGGAAAAGCCAGCUUCUUAAUUUUCUUUUUUAGUCAAAAAACAUAUGAAAGGACCACAAAUGUCUCUCAGAUGAGUAAGAGAUCUCCUGGACGGUGUGAAACUUUGGGGGAUUUAUGUCAUAGUUCUUGUAACCUAGCCAAAGAUUUUGCCAGUCAGUCAUAAAUGGUCUCCCUGCAUCCUGUCCAAAACUACUGAGCAAUAACACCUGGUAAUCAAAUAAAAAUGGCAAAAUUGGGUGGUCUGCAUUUCACUGGAUUUGGAGAGCUUUCAAGAUUCUUACCAUAGCAUUAAAGGAACUCUCAUCCCUUCAAAAACACCAAUGUAAAUGUUCAGGAAAGCUGAAGGCUGCCGGGAUGAGGAUUGUAGAAUUGGAUGCUCCCCCAUGUCCCUGUGAAGGGAAUUCUUGCAUGGGAGAACAUUCAAACACGCAAUGCCUUACCUGCCACCUAAAAUGUUCCAUUUCUGGCAAGACUGUACCAUGUACUUACUUCUGCAGGUUUUACUUGGCUGCACAUUGGCAAAUAAACUACUUGGACAGUAA